AUGCUCUUAAGCUGCAAAAGGCCAGUGACGACAGAGGAGCUUCUUGAACCCCUUUUCAAGCGCACUCGGCAUGAUGUCUUCAUGGCAGGGCCGGAGGAGCAUGCACUGACGGCCGCGCAGGAGGCUUCCGCUUGCGAUGCCGACUUUGUGGAAGCUGCAGCAGCCGCGAUUGAAGAAGCAGAGUAUCGUCGGAUGCCUGAUGAUGUACAGGAUCAGCCCGCGCUGAAGCGGCUUCGUGGCAUGAUCGAAGGGCCAAGUAGCACGGCCGCCUCUUCCAAUGAGGGCGGUGUGAACAAAGAUGAGGCUUUGGUUCGGCAAUGGGCUGAAGACCUGGUUAAGUCGCUUCACGGUUGCCCGUCGGUUGAGCAGGCUGUGCAACGAUGCAGUGCUGCUUUGACAGGCUUCGGAUCAGAGGUACGUUCAAGUACCUUGCGUGAGGCAGAAGAACUACGGGAAGAGCUGCGCCCGAAUGCUGUAGAGGCAGAGGCGACGUGCUCACGCCUCCAGCACACGAACAAGGUCCUGCUGAAGGCGGUUCAUCACUUGGCCGGCCGAUGUCGCAAGCUUGAAGGUAGCUCAAGUGAGGUGCAGUCACUGCGACAGGCUUUGGAGCAGUCGCAGGAAACACAACGAAAGCUGCAGCACUCGAACCAAGUUCUCCAGGAGCACCUGAAGGUGCACUUGAACGUCUGUCAUCUGGCCUAA